AUGGCAGCCUGCCCCAUUCACCCAUCUGUUUUUCUUUUUGUUGCCAGGAGGACUAAUAUGAGCAAGUGCAUUUCAGAAAACAGUGAUGAUAACAGUGCUGUUCAAGUAAAAAAGAAAGGUGGAAAAAUUUCCCAGGAUAAUCUUGGCAGGAAGAAUCUUCAUUAUGAGCAUACUGGUUAUGAACUGCUUCCUUCGAAACUCCAGGAGGGAGAUCGAAAUGUGGCAAUAAGGUAUGUCCACAAAGACCCACUAAGACACACUCAAACCACCCACCGCAAUAAGAAGAGAGAGAAAUGGCAUAAUGAAGAGCAAAUCCAUAUUACUGUGUGGAAAGAUACAAAACCUGAAGAGAGAGAAAUAGGAGAGGACACACAAGGAGAAGCAAUGGGCAACUGGUUCAAGGUUACGAUUCCAUAUGGGAGAAAGUAUGACAAGGCAUGGCUAAUGAAUACAGUCCAGAGCCAUUGCACUGUCCCCUUCACCCCGGUCGAUUUCCACUACAUCAGAAAUCAGGCCCGGUUCUUUGUACAGGAUGUUAAAACUGCUUCUGCAUUAAAGGAUAUCAGCUAUAAGAUUUGUGAUGAGGAGAACCAAAAGAUAUCUGUCUUUGUCAAUACUUCUGCUAUACCCUACUCUAUGCAGAAUAAGUUCAUGCCAGAGCAAAUGGAGCAGCUAAAGCUGACUAUGAGCAAAGGAUAUGAUGCCUCCCAGCAAGUUCUCAACCUCCAAAAGCUCCGUUUUGACUCAGACUUGGUGGGCCAUGACAUUGACAUGAUCCUGAAUCGAAGAAACUGCAUGUUUGCCACCUUGCAGAUCAUUGAAAGUAAUUUCCCUGAGCUGUUGUCCUUGAACUUGCAAAACAACAAACUGUACCAGCUGGAUGGCCUGUCUGACAUUAUAGAGAAGGCUCCCAAAGUCAAGAUACUAAACCUUUCCAAAAAUGAGCUGAAGACCGCCAAAAUGUUGGACAAGCUGAAAGGGCUGAAGCUGGAAGAGCUGUGGCUAGAAGGGAACCCCUUGUGCAGUACUUUCCCAGACCAGUCUGCCUAUGUAAGUGCUAUCCAGGAUUGUUUCCCCAAUUUAUUACGCCUGGAUGGCCAGGAGUUAUCCACACCAGUUGUUGUUGACCCUGAUGCCCCCAAAUUAAUAAAACCCUGCAAGGAAAGCUAUAAAGGAUCUGAGACCUUAAAGAAUCUAGUUCUGCAAUUCCUACAGGAGUAUUACCUGAUCUGUGACUGUGGAGAUCGACAGGGUCUACUUAGUGCUUACCAUGAUGAGGCCUGCUUCUCUCUGACCAUUCCCUUCAACCCCAAGGACCCAGCCCCAAAUAGCUUGUGCAAGUACUUCAAGUAUAGUAGGAAUAUGAAGAAGCUCAAGGAUUCCAGUAAACAACAGUUGCGGAGACAACUGCUGAAACACACAAAACAUGACAUCGUGGACUACCUCAGUGUGUUGCCCAAAACUGAGCAUGACUUCAGUUGCCUUAUGAUAGAUAUGUGGUUCCAGAAGGAAACAAUGCUCUGCUUCUCUGUGAAUGGGGUGUUCAAGGAAGCAGAAGGAAAGUCUCAAGGAUGUGUUCAUGCCUUCACCCGGAUCUUCAUUGCUAUCCCUACCAACAAUUCCAGUAUAUGCAUCCUGAAUGAUGAGUUGAUUGUGAGGAAUGCCAGCCCUGAUGAGAUCCAGAGCUCUUUCUCCAUCCCAAUGCCUGCACUGUUUUCCACCUCCAUGCCUACCCUCUCCCAGGAGCAGCAGGAAAUGGUGAAGGUUUUCUCUACACAGUCUGGGAUGAAACUUGAAUGGUCUCAAAAGUGCCUUGAAGACAACGAGUGGAACUACACCAGAGCUGGUCAGGUCUUCAUUAUGCUUCAGACUGAGGGCAAGAUCCCAGAAGAGGCCUUCAAACAGUUACCCUGA